CUGAACAUUGAUAUUUUUUGGGGCCAAAGAUAAGCCCCCUAUAUUAUCUCGCUAUCUGCUUGUCUUUCGAUUAUCGAUUGUUAAGACCUAAAAAGUACUUGUAAGAAAUGUAGAACACGUUUAGUAGAUCUUGUGGUUAUUUUUGGUAGGAGAAAGAGGGCAAAUGGGAAGCUUCAAUAGGGUACUUGGAAUGGCGCCAAAAGAACGCUGCAUUUUUCUUUUUCAUGCCAUUUAUUUUCUCUUUGGUUCCAUUGCUUUUCCUAAUGGCCCCAUCAUGGGUUGUUUCUUUAUUCCUCUUUUGAAAUUGGCUAACUAAUUCUUAAUCCUUAUGCUGUGACGUUUGGAAAGAAAUAUAUUUUGCCCGUUGGUUCAGGGAAUAAAAUGGUAACCUUUUAUCUGCCCUUUCGGACGGUCAAAGACUUCCUUUUCAAAUUUCAAGUACAGUACAAAUAAUCAUGGGUUUUUCUUUUUCCUUUUUAAACAAAGAAUUUUGGGGUGAAAAUUGUAAAAUUUUGGCUCUCAAAAUUAACGACUUGAUUAAAUAAAAACCCCACGGAGCAACCGUAAUAUUAAGGGUGGAAAAUUUUGUAGGCACUUGAAUUAUUGAUUUUCCAUUGAUGGACGGGCGGCAUUCUCUAAUGGAAUCGUAUUCUUUGUUAAAAGUUGACAUCACUGACUAAAUAAGGAAUUUGAUCCUGAUCCUUGUGAGUCAUUAGCCGGAUUUUAUCUCAAAAUUAUAUCUCAGCCUGUUGAUUAUUCUGUACAGAAUCGAAUAAAAAUUACUUUAAACCAACCUAAAUGUGGAUGUAUCUCACUUCAUUUUAUAAUUCUAGAGUAACGAAGCUCAUCUUCGUCUGAACGAAGCUAAUCUGCAAAUUUCCAGAGUAGCUGCUCUUGGUGGGUGUGUUACUGCAAACUUUACGUGUGAAUUUGAAUUUGUGUCAUGAUGAUGGCUUAUUGUAAUUGGUGAAGGCAAACCAGAAUUCCCUCUGAUCUGCUGCAAUCUUAGUCGCUCAAGCAAUUCUCUGAAACAAGAGGACUUGUCCAUAGUUGACAGCUCUUGGGAGAAAAAAAAAAACGUCUUCCCCAAUCACAUUAAGUAAAAGAGCUCUCAAGGGUGAGAUUUCAAGGGUGAUGAUGGGUUCAUGAUUCUUGUUGCUUGUUUUCUGUGAGAUUUCACGUAUCAGACAUGGAUACUUCAAUGGGUGAUCAGUAAGAGUCUUAUACUUGGAGAUUCGCAGAGGAGAUGGUGGAGAAAACUUUUAAUUGAUACAAAAACUUUAUCUUUACGUGAUUGAAGAAAAGUAGGAAGACUGACAAUAAAAUAACGAACUAGGAGAUGCUUUUUUGGCUUUAGGUUACAGAGAGGUGUGCUGGUUUCUUUCUUGCUCCAAGAGAGGUAUCACUCUUUUUCCUUCUUUUCACAUCCUUAACUCACCUUUAUGUUGGGUAUUGUGCUGUCAAAACUCGUUUUUUCCCAUUUUUCACACUCCCAAGUUUCUUCCAAGUUCCUUCUCUCCAAUUCUUGCCUUGUGAAAAUUUGGCCUCUAUUUGAUUUUGUUGUUCCAUUUCUUGGUUUACGUGUGGGGUAAAGGCAUAGCUUUUGUUUGGGAUUUUGACUUCUUGGUUUUUGCCUUAUAUUUUUGCUUCUUGGGUGGGUUUUUUCAUAACAUUAUAAGACAACACUCAGCAUAAAAGUAGUAGAUUAUUUGGAAGAGGGGAAGGAAAAGACAAAGAAGCAUGGCAGGAGGUGGAACAUCUGCGCCACCGCCGAAACAGGAGGAGCUGCAGCCACAUCCAGUAAAAGAUCAGCUACCAAAUAUUUCUUACUGCAUUACCAGUCCCCCUCCAUGGCCCGAAGCAAUUCUACUUGGUUUCCAGCAUUACUUGGUUAUGCUGGGAACAACAGUGCUAAUUCCAACCUCUCUAGUUCCCCAGAUGGGAGGAGGAAAUGAGGAGAAAGCAAAGAUGAUCCAAACACUACUGUUUGUCGCUGGUUUGAACACGUUUCUGCAAACUUUUUUCGGUACUCGUUUACCUGCAGUAAUAGGAGCAUCUUAUGCCUAUGUGCCAACAACAAUUUCAAUUAUUUUGGCGGGUCGAUAUAGUGAUAUUGUGAAUCCCCAGGAGAAAUUCGAGAGAAUUAUGCGUGGAAUUCAGGGUGCCCUUAUUGUUGCCUCAACUCUUCAGAUUGUUGUUGGCUUUAGUGGCCUUUGGCGAAACGUUGCAAGGUUUUUGAGUCCACUCUCUACUGUUCCUUUGGUAGCCUUGUCAGGAUUUGGGUUGUAUGAAUUGGGUUUCCCAGUGCUAUCAAAAUGUGUGGAGAUUGGGCUUCCACAGCUCAUUUUGCUAGUGGUAUUUUCACAGUAUAUACCUCAUAUGAUACAUGGCGAACGACAUGUAUUCGAUCGUUUUGCUGUUAUUUUUUCAGUUGUGAUUGUUUGGGUAUACGCCCAUCUACUCACCGUGGGCGGUGCAUAUAAGAAUGUUAGUCUAAAGACUCAACUGAGCUGUCGUACUGACCGUGCAGGAAUCAUAGGCGGUUCUCCAUGGAUUAGUAUUCCGUAUCCCUUUCAAUGGGGAGCACCCACAUUCGAUGCAGGAGAAGCUUUUGCGAUGAUGGCUGCUUCAUUUGUUGCGCUGGUGGAGUCCACUGGUGCCUUCUUUGCUGUGUCUAGAUAUGCAAGUGCAACUCCACUCCCACCAUCUGUUCUUAGCCGUGGUGUCGGUUGGCAGGGAGUGGCCAUUCUGUUCUCUGGUAUAUUUGGCACUGGGAAUGGGUCGUCGGUGUCGAUUGAGAAUGCCGGUUUGUUAGCAUUAACACGCGUUGGUAGCCGGAGAGUGGUCCAAAUAUCUGCUGGAUUUAUGCUAUUCUUUUCAAUCCUGGGAAAAUUUGGAGCCAUCUUCGCUUCGAUCCCUGCACCAAUUAUUGCAGCUCUAUAUUGCUUUUUCUUUGCCUAUGUUGGUUCAGCAGGCCUCAGCUUCCUUCAGUUUUGCAAUCUCAAUAGUUUUAGGACAAAAUUCAUAUUAGGCUUCUCUAUUUUCAUGGGACUAUCAAUUCCUCAGUACUUCAAUGAGUACACCACCCUUAAUGGUUACGGUCCAGUCCACACGAGAGCAAGAUGGUUCAACGACAUGAUCAACGUGCCUUUCGCAUCCGAGCCAUUUGUUGCUGGAUUUCUAGCUCUGUUCCUUGAUGUCACGCUACACAGCAAGGACAAUGCAACAAAAAAGGACAGAGGAAUGCAUUGGUGGGACAGAUUCCGCUCGUUCAAGACCGAUACGAGAAGCGAAGAAUUCUAUUCCCUUCCUUUCAAUCUCAACAAGUUUUUCCCAUCUGUUUGACUUCACUUCCAGAUUGGUUUUGAAGUCAUGACAUACAAGCUGAAGGCGAUGCCAAUAUGGAGCGUGAGAUUAACAAUACCAGUCCUUGUUUUUCACUCUAAUUACACCAUGGACAGCAUAGCAAAGAGUGUAUGAAAGUCCAUUUGUGAGCCUUGCCCAUAUUUUUUUUAGCUAACGUCUACAUGUAAUUUUGUUCAAGAAAACAUUAAGUUCUUUUUUGUCAUUCUUCGAUCUUAGUUUGGAAA